UUUUUUUUUUUUUUUUUUUUUUUUGUCUUCUCAAUUCACUCUAUUCCUCUUCUUUCUCGCUUCUUUUCCUCCUCUAAUUCAUCCAUUCGCCUCUGUUGGGUUUCUUUCUUUUCUUGACUUGAUCGCCUGAGUUGGGUUUUUGGUGAUAUAGGGGUUUUCAGGACAAUGAGCGAUCAUCUUGUCCUGUAUGUUGACCAUUUGAUUCCACCAGUUGCUCCAGUUCAACCUGUGUCCGACCCGGUUGACCCGAUUCCUUCCGCACCGCGUGAGGGUGUUUCUGACUCGGCUGCGGCUAUUCCUUCGUCUUCUACUGCCACUGCGGAUGAUCGGACGGUGGAGCAGGAUGCACCCAAUGAGGAGGACCCUCUGAUUCAGGCGGCGGAGUGUCGCAUUUGUCAGGAAGAAGACACUCUCAAUAAUUUAGAAACUCCCUGCGCAUGUAGUGGUAGUCUUAAGUAUGCUCAUAGGAAGUGCGUUCAACAUUGGUGCAAUGAGAAAGGAGACAUAACUUGUGAGAUAUGUCAUCAGUCUUAUCAACCUGGAUAUACUGCACCCCCUCGUUCUGAAGAAACUGUGAUUGAUAUGGAGGGACGAUGGACUAUCGCUGGUAACCCGUUAGACCUUAGAGAUACUCGGCUAUUGGCCAUUGCGGAGGCAGAACGUAAUUUCUUGGAAGCUGAGUAUGAUGAUUAUGCUGCUUCAAAUGAUAGUGGAGCUGCAUUUUGCCGAUCAGCUGCCCUUAUUCUAUUAGCCCUUCUCCUUCUUCGACACGCAUUGACCAUAACGGAUCCAGACGGUGAUGAUGACGCAUCUGCCUUUUUCUCUAUUUUCUUGCUUCGUGCUGCUGGUUUUCUUCUACCAUGCUACAUCAUGGCUUGGGCCAUCAGUAUCCUGCAACGUCGUCGACAAAGACAGGAGGCGGCAGCACUGGCUGCAACACAAGUGGCGUUUGUGCUACAACAUGGACAGCAUAGAGGUUUACAAUUUGCAAUUGCAUCAGCAGGACCGCCCCUCGCCCCUCACCCACACCCACACCCACACCCACACCCACACCCACACCCUCACCCUCACCCUCACCCUCACCCUCACCCACACCCACACCCUCACCCUCACCCACACCCACACCCUCACCCUCACCCCCACCCUGCUGUUUGAACCACAACCAAACAUGUAAUAAUACUAUGUUGUUCAUACAUGGAAAACCUUUCUUCUA